CUUGUACUCUUAAAUGCUUCUAAAAGUUUUGUUCAGCUGGUCCACGGCCAGCGCAAGUUUCCCGAGGGGUUCAAGUUCGGUGUCGGGACGUCAGCGUACCAGAUCGAAGGGGGCUGGAACGAAGACGGAAAAGGAGAAUCGAUAUGGGAUCAUUUGGUGCACAAUCAUCCUGAGAAAAUCUCCGACGAAACAAAUGGAGACGUGGCUUGUGACAGCUACCAUAAUUGGCGUCGAGAUGUGGAGAUGAUUCGCGAGCUAGGUGUUGACAUCUACAGAUUCUCGCUAGCAUGGAGCCGCAUACUACCCACUGGUAUCAGCAACGAAGUCAACCAGAAAGGAAUCGAUUACUACAACAAUCUUAUCGACGAACUGUUGAGGUACAAUAUAACUCCAAUGGUGACGCUCUAUCACUGGGAUACACCACAACGUUUGCAGGAGCUGGGUGGCUUCACAAACCGUCUGAUUGUGGGAUAUUUCCGCGAGUACGCACGUGUCGCGUUUGAGCACUUUGGCGAUCGGGUGAAGAUCUGGACAACGUUCAAUGAGCCUCCGCAAACGUGCCGACUACCGUAUGAGUAUGAUGCGAUGGCACCGGGACUGGACUUUCCUGGCAUCUACACGUACCUUUGCAGCCAUUACUUGCUUUUGUCUCAUGCGGAUGCGGUGGAGCUGUACAGGAAGGAAUUUCAGCCAACUCAGGGUGGACAGAUCGGUAUCACUGUCGACGGAUCCUGGGCUGAACCAGUUUCGGAGAGUGAACGGGAAGCAUCCGAAAUCACUAUGCAGUACCUGUUUGGAAUAUACAUGCACCCGAUCUACAUCGGCAACUACCCGCAAGUGAUGAUAGAUCGCAUCGGCAAUCUGAGCGUACAGCAAGGCUUCAAAAGCUCUCGACUCCCCUCGUUCACGGCGGAAGAGCUCGUCAAGUUGAAAGGAUCGUCGGACUUCUUUGGCUACAACGGCUACACCACUAAUCUGGUGUACAUGAACGAUGCGGCCAACACGGCCAACUUCCGCGUACCGUCGUUCGAUCACGAUCGCAACACGGUUGACUUUCAGGACAACCGGUGGCCAUCGACAGGAUCUUCCUGGUUGAAGGUGUACCCGAAGGGUAUGUACAAUGUGCUGAGCUGGAUCUGUCGUGAGUAUAACAAUCCACCACUGUGGGUCACGGAGAACGGUGUCAGCGAUCUCGGUGGUACGCGAGACGUUAACCGGGUGCAGUACUACAAGGACUACCUGAACGCAAUCCUGGACGUGAUCGAGGAUGGGUGUGACGUGCGUGGUUACGUCGCCUGGAGUCUGAUGGAUAACUUUGAGUGGCGUGCGGGGCUUAGGGAACGAUUUGGGCUGUACUACGUGAACUAUAGCGAUCCCGGUUUGCCACGGUACGCAAAGUCUUCCGCCAAAGCGUUCGGUAACAUUGUGCGUAAUAGAUGGAUCGAUCCGGACGACAUGCCGGAACCGGAACUGUACAUACCGGGACCGGAUGAAGCGAUUACGACGACAACCGUUCAAACGGAGAUCACUACGGAGGAUGAUGAUGGAGCCGCCAGUACUUUGUACCUUUCGAAGCUGUUGUUUGUUAGCAUUGGCUUCACAGCGCUUGUGUUACGGUUGUAA